AAUCAAGCAGGGCCCCAAAUGUUCUUUUUAUUUAUUUAUUAUUAUUUUGUUUGGGUUCAUAUUUUCCUUUUCCUAAUUUCCCCUUCUUUGGUUAUGAACAUUAGCCAAAUCUAGCUGUAUGAAUCACAGAGAGCGCGAGAGGCGCCAAAUUUUUGCAGAAAACCAAUUUCAGUCGGAAUUUGAGUAAUUAUAUCUCUACGAAGCCCAAAAAAUUCAGUUACUUAUCGCUGCACAGUUUGAACUUGUAGAGAUACAUGAAAAAGAAAUAAAAGAUUAAGAAGCGAAUCCAGUUGUUUCCUUCCAACGGGACGAAAAUUAAGGAGUGCAAUUUCACUCUUGAAAUGGUGCAAAAUAUGUCAAUGAGCACAGUAGCAAUUUCCCAGUGCAGUGUUUUUUGUGGACCAAACAACGAAUGGAGGAAUUCAGGGCAAAUGAAGGAGAUACAUAUAGUUUUUGGGGUUCAAAGACUGUACCUUUGUUCUCAUGGUAGAAAAACCUUAUCCUUUGUGGGUCAAUCUGAUGUAUCUCAACCUGGAAAUGUGAGAGUUGAAGCUGGAUGGCUGUUUAGAGGAGGUGAUAAGGGAUCAGAAUCGGAUGCAAGCUGUGAGCGCAGUGAGAGUGCAAAUGAGGAUAUACUAAUGUUCUUUUUCCAGCUGGAUUUGGCAACUCGUGUCCAGUAUGCUUUGAAUGUGGAGCAGUAUGAAAUUGCUCAAGAAUUGAGGAACAAGCUGACUGAGGUUGAAUCUGAGGUUAUCAAGCUCCAAGAAAAUAGAAGGGGAUCAGCCUCGAAGAGUGAAGUUCAAGAUAUAGCCAUAAGCCUUUUGCGCCUUCGUGCAGACCUGCAGAAUGCAAUUCAGAGUGAGAACUAUAACUUGGCAGCUGAGUUACGGGAUGAAAUUUCCAAACUUGAGGCAGAGUCUUUGGCUGCAUCCGUAAAAGCUCAAGCAUACGAAAAUGUGCAAUACACUUUUCGUUUGGGGCAGAAAGUGAAGCAUAAGAUAUUUGGAUAUCAUGCUGUUAUUUGUGGAAUGGAUCCAGUGUGCUUUGAGUCAAAGUCAUGGAUGGAAACUGCUAACAUCGAAAAGUUGGCUCGUGGCCCUGAUCAGCCAUUUUAUCAGGUAUUGGUCAAUGUACACGACGACCCCAACCUGUUAGUAGCAUAUGUUCCCGAGGAGAAUUUACUGACACCCGAUCAACAAGACACGCAGGAUAGGUUUGAUCACCCUUAUGUUUCCUUCUUGUUUUAUGGAGCGGACGCAGCUGGAGAUCUAAUCCCGAUUAAACAGCUGCGUGAGAAAUACAAUCAGCCUCGUCAUGAACUGCCACACGACCCACAAAAUGAGGAAGAUGGAAAAGAUGCGUGAAUCUUUGAUGCCUCGUCUCCUGUCUGGACAAGCUAGAUAAAAUUGACCACUCAUUUCUCUUAAAGAAAUUUCGGUCACUAUUGCUUUUACAGUAAAAAGUUUGAUGUCCCAUCGAAGAAGUUUUAAGUUACAUCAUGCAGAUCUGAUUAUAUGAAUAACUAUUUGUAGUACUACAGUUUCUCAAGAUGAAAUUUGAUCGGGCUUCUCCAUGUAACAUUACAGUAGGAAGCUGCUGCUGUUUUGUGCAUAUCUUGGCUGUGUAAAAUAAGUACAACUUUGUAGAAAAGAAUCUUGCUUUAGUUUCAUUUCACAGUUUUUGAGAA